UAGGCUUUCGACUUGGAAAAUGGAUCCGGUACCUGGGAAUGACUCGAUGCCGCUGACGGGCCUGGUCUGGUCGUCAGCCUCGGCGCCCCCGCCGCGAGGAUUCAGCGCAAUAUCUUGCACUGUCGAGGGGGCGCCUGCCAGCUUCGGCAAGAGCUUUGCACAGAAAUCCGGCUACUUCCUAUGUCUCAGCAUACUGGGCAGCCUCGAGAACACGCAGGAGAAUGUAGUGACCGAAAUCCAGGUCUUGGUGGACAAAAGCCCCCUCCCAGCCGGCUUCUCCCCAGUCUGCGACCCCCAAGACUCCAGGGCCUCUGUGUCUAAGAAGAAACGAAUGUGUGUGAGGCUGGUGCCCCUUGGAUCUGCAGACACGGCUGUAUUUGAUGUCCGGCUGAGCGGGAAGACAAAGACAGUGCCUGGAUACCUGCGAGUAGGGGACAUGGGUGGCUUUGCCAUCUGGUGCAAGAAAGCCAAAGUCUUGAGGCCAGUGCCCAAACCCCGAGGACUCACCCGGGACAUGCAGGGCCUCUCCCUGGACCAGCCAGGCCAGCCCAGCAAGGGCACCUUCCCAGAGCGGACACUCUCACGGCUGGGAUCUCGGGCAUCUACCCUGCGGAGGAACGAUUCCAUCUACGAGGCCUCCAGCCUCUAUGGCAUCUCAGCCAUGGAUGGGGUUCCCUUCACACUGCACCCUAGAUUCGAGGGCAAGAGCUGCAGUCCUCUGGCCUUCUCCGCCUUUGCUGACCUGACCAUCAAGUCGCUGGCAGACAUUGAAGAAGAAUACAACUAUGGCUUCGUGGUGGAGAAGACGGCAGCAGCCCGCCUGCCCCCCAGCGUCUCGUAG